GGUCAAUGCGCUACUCACCUAAUCAAAGAAAGGAUAACACCAAAAAGCUAAGCGGGAAAGUUCAAAUGAAUAAAAAUGGCCGCUCAGGAAGUACUAGAUUUGAGUCAAGAAGGACUACAUAAGAUGGAAGUUGUAGCUGGAGCCAAUCCAAUAACAGUCAUCUACGACAAAAAUGAAAUAUCCAAAAUUGAAAAUUUGGAAAAAUAUCAACGUCUCCAACAGCUUUCUGCCUCCAAUAACAGGAUUGUUCAUAUGACUGGAGUAGCCAAGCUGCACAAUUUGACUGUGUUGAAUCUACCAAAUAAUAGCAUUAUUACCAUUGAAGGUCUGAGGAUGUUAACCAAACUAACUUGGCUGAAUCUUUCAGGAAAUAGCAUCAAGCACAUUGACCACCUGAGUACUAAUGUCAACCUGUGCCACCUGGAUCUCUCAGACAACAGUAUUUCAGCUCUCUCAGACAUCUCAUUUCUUAAAUCAUUGCAGACUCUCCUUUUGCAUGGUAACAUUUUGACCAAUUUGAAGACUGUGCCAACAUACCUUCCCAAGUCCAUAGCAAUUCUGUCACUGGCUGAAAAUGAAAUUAGUGACCUAACUGAGGUUUCGUACUUGUCUUGUCUUACCAAACUGGAACAAUUGUCCAUCAUGAACAACCCCUGUGUCAUUAUGUCUGCUUCUGCUCUAGGAUUUGAUUACAGACCAUUUGUUAUAAACUGGUGUAUGCAUCUCAGAAUUCUGGAUGGUUACAUGGUCAGUGAUAAAGAAUGUCUAAAAGCAGAAUGGCUCUAUUGUCAGGGAAAGGGCCGCCACUUUAGGCCAGGGCAACACUUCUUGCUGGUUGAGUACUUAUCAAAGGUGUGCCCUUUAACUGGGAUGACACAGCUCGAAAGAAAAGAAGACAUGAAGCUGGCCCAGGUACUAAGCAAACAGAAACAAUACCAACAGCAGUUAUUGCAAGAAAACAGCUACCUCUUUUCUCCUAACCCAGAGAGGUCAGAAUCCCCAGUGAGAAAAAAUGUUCAUACAUCUGGUCGCCAAGCCUCUCACCCAGAUGAGUCGCACGUCUCACAGCUGUACCCAAUAGAAACCCCAGCUAGUCUGUAUGCUGACCUGCAGGAACAGUCUUCAGGUGCAAUGUGGGCAAGCAUGAGUCCCAUGAUUGCAAGCACACUGCCUUACCAGAAUUCUAGACAGGGAAGGCAUGGAGAACAUAUGGUUCUAGAAGAUGUUACAGCAGAUGAAAUGAACAGUGCUAAUACCAGCUUACUUGAGUCUGAAUCUCAAUACAUCCCAAUCGAUCCAAGUACAUCACCACUCCGUCCCAUGACUGCUCCAUCUGGUCCAGCUAACUCUACAACAUUUGCAGAGAUAUUUGCUCAGAGACACAGUCCCCCUAGGCCAAGGACUGCAGGACCUAUAGAGGGUAGAGUUGAACGAGGUUUACAAAUAGAAAAUGUAAGACAGUUGACUGGGACUUUUUCACCUCAAUAUGCAAACAAAUUUGAAGAGCAUGAGAACAAGCCUUUGAGGACUUUAAACCAGGAACUUAGCAAAAAAAGAACAGUUUUGACAUUGGGAGGGUCACCUCCAAAAAACAAAGGAAGACAGCCCAUAUCAGCUCCAAGCCCAAACAACAGGAAAAGAACAUCAAACAAAUCACAAGAGAGCCCUAUGAAAUUGUUAAAUGAUACCAGUGAUUACACGUCAGACAACAGUCUUCGGGAUUCAAAACUCGGUAUUGUCCGGCAACUUGCUGCAGAAAGAAAAAAGAAGACAGCAUUGAGAAGACAGGUUCACAGCAAACCUUCACCUCGCCAAGCAGUGAUUCAGCCGAAAUUUGCUGCACAUUCUCCACCUCGAGCUACUUCGCCAUACAAAACAGUCUACAGUCCAGAUAAAUACUCACCAAAAUCUAAACCAACCAGAGCAGCUGCUAAAAUGAAGGGAGAAGUUCAAGAUACAAAUAAAGCCCAGACAAAAGACAAUAACCAAAAAAUGGGUUAUUUAGCUGCCCCGCUGAAGGACAACAGUAGUCUGUCAGUGAUACUGCCUGAGGGACAGCAAAAAGAAAUGGCAGAGAAUGCAACCAGGAUUCAGGCAUUAUGGAGAGGAUACUGGACCAGGAUGCAUGAGCCCGUGGUGGUUGAGGCUAGGAAGGAAAUUAGAAUGAGAAGAGCUGAGGGCCAUUUAAAACAUUUGAGACAAGAGCUAGACAGGCAAAAGCAGUCAUUAGAUCAGGAGAAACAGUUGAGAAUCCUGCAGACAGAAGCCAUCAAGUUCCUAUGUAGGGAGUUGGAUGAGUUGAAGAGAGGAACAGCUCUAAACACAAGGACAUCAUCAGCUGGAGAUAUGAAGGAAUCAGACCUGCAAAAGUUGUGUUUUAGUCUUCAAAGCCAGGUGCAUCAGCUGCAGCAAGCAAUGAAGACUACGUCCUCCAGAUUACUGCAGACAAGUGGUCUGAACAUUUCAGAAGAAAGCACAUCUUCAGAUGAUGAUGAUGACAGCAUUCACAUCCAUGGAACAUUCCUUGACAGCUCAUCACAAAAAGGAAAGUGGAUGCCAAGUGGAGAUACACUUAAACAGCAUGAUCCCAGUUACUAUGAGAAUGUCCCCUUGCCUGGUGUCCCAACAGCUCCCUCUGAGCUUCAAUAUUGUAUCAAACACAGCACCAGCCUGCUGCUCAGAUGGAAGCCAUCUAAAGUAGUGGAUAUGGAAGGGAAAUUUUUGAACAAGCCUAUUAUUGGCUAUAGAGUGUAUGUGAAUGACCAAGCAAAAGGAAUGGUGUCUGGGACCAAAACUACAGCUUUGCUAGAUGGCCUGGAUCCCAAAUACCAGUACAAAUUUUUUGUGAGAGCUGUGUCAUCAGUCGGAGAGUCUUACAACUCUGAUGAAGUCACAGUGACCAUGACAAGUCCUCUUGAUAUUCCAAGCACCAGUUCUACAACCACAGAUAGUGACAAGGACCACGACUCAGCAGAAGAAAGAAGUGAUGAAAGCAAACCAAAAACUUCUUUUGAAAAACCUGGCACAGACCAUGGAGAUCAAGAAAGCAAUAAACAUGAUACAGGAGUUUUAUCAACAAUGAAAUCAGCUGGGUCCCCCACAGAUUUGAAUAAUUCAUGUAGCUCUAGUUCACCCUUGCAGCAGCAGAGUCACAUAGACCCAAUCAGUGUGAAGAAAAACAUAUCAUUACAUACACCUCUGUUUCCACCCUUGUCUGCAGACACACAAAAAGAGCCUCUAAGCCCUUUGAUGAAUUCACAGGAACCUAUCACAGGCUCUUCACCUCCAAGGAGCCCUAAGAAAUCUAAUGUCAUGGAGAGACUGGAGCAGAAAGUGCUGUCAUACAAGGAAAGAACUUCACCCAUGAAAGACUGCAAAACAUCUGAAGCAAACAGUGGUGUUGAUGAUUUGUUUGAUAUCACUACCACCACUGACAGUAUUCCUCCUGAUUUAAAGGGUCCAAUAAAAGUAAUUCCCAGUGAUGCAGAUUCAGUCAUCAAAGCAGAAGUGGUUGCAGGUAAAGGAGAUCCUGGUGCCAACCAUGAAGAUUCCAUGUCAAAUGAGAAAAGUUCUGACCAGGACUUGAUUGCUGACAAAGUUACGGAACAGCAGUUGGAGAGCAAUCCUACCCAAGCCCCUAUCUCUGAUGGAAAGUUCUUUAAGUUUCCAGUUCUUGGUUCUGGGGUGCUCCAAGACAGUGCCAAUAAUAUGCUGGGGCAAUCUACAGAAACAUUUAAUGAUGUUGAUGAUUCAAGUGUCACCAAGGUCUUGAAGGACAUAACUGACAAAACUGCAGCAGCAGCUGAGGCACAAGCAAACAUGGUUGUCAAUAAUGAGUUGGAGUGUGGGCAAGGAAUUUCUGUUGAUAGUACAAAAAGAACUGAACCCAAACUGGGCAGUACAGCUGCAUCAUUGCUGGCUAAAUUGCAGUACAAGUUGUCUGGGUGACGUGUAGUUGUUGAAUAACCAGUGUUAUUUAUCUUUUAUUUAUAAUGUUUAUAAGACAAUAAUAACUGAAGCCAAAUUGGUUAGUACAGCUGCGUUGAUAUGUGCUUUUAUAAAUGUUGUAUUGUACAAGUGUUUGGAUAAAAUGCUGUUAAUGUGUAUGACAAAGGAUGUUUGUGAUUUUGAGGUUUGUAAUUGCAUUCACUAUAUUUAAGUCUUUAAAUGAGGUGUCAUGGCGCAAUCAUAAAAAUACUUGUUAUAGCUUCAUUAUAAAACUGCUGAUCCUCUCACCCUUUUCGUUCAGCACAUUCUGUAUGUGCUGCAGGUUAUCAAGAGUGCAUUGUUCAUGUAUUAAUAAGCAGUAGGAAUUGCAAAUUAUACAUAUCAAAUUUUAGAUACUUUAGACUUUAUUUUGUGAAAAUGCUGGGGGUGCCCUGUAACAAAAGACAAUUAUUAUGAGAUAUGAUAAUAGAAAAUGGAGCCUUCUAUUUUGAGCUUUCAUUGGUUAUAACACUAGUAUAUGAACUGGACAUAGCAAUCAUUUAUAAUAAAUAUGUAACAUAAACUGAUGUGGUAAGAAUAUAUUUAAUGGAACUAUAUUCCCCCCCCGAGUAGAACAUUACACAGCCAAUAUAAACUAAAUAAUUUAUUUUGUAUUUCCAAAUGUUUUUAUGUUAUAUUGAAAAAAGUUUUCUUGUAAAACAUUUUUAUUUUUUAUUUAUUAUAAUUUUUUGAUGUUGUUGAAAAUUAAGAGACCAAGAUAAUGAACUGGCAAAUAUCAAUCUCAUGUUGAUAUAUUUUCUCCUCCAAUCCCCACCACCUCAAGCUGAUUUGCGUUUCUUUGAAUUAUUGAAGGUACUUAUUAUCCAUGUCUUUAUUUCAU